CCUUCCGCCCUUCCGAUCCCCCGGCUUUGUUCAUUUCCUCUCCCUUCCUUUCUUGCGUCUCGAUCGAGUGAUGGCGCGAUUUUCUUUGCUUCCGACGGACGGCCGGUCGAUAGUUUAUCCCCGACCGGACAGCAACCUCUCCCAUGGUUUUAGCUAUCUCCAUCGCUUUUCUUCACUCGAUGAAUCCGCCUUCUCUCGCCCGGAGACGACUGCCUCCUCCUCUCCCUCGGCCCCCCUCAUUCGAAUUUAGGGUUUCUCUCUUGAAUUCCUGCUUUGGCGCCUCCGUCGCGGUUUCUCUUCUUUUCCCACACCCGAAUCUAGGGCUUUUCCUUUGCUCUCCCUCUGCUGGUCUUAGGCUAUGGUUCGAGAGAAUCGGAUGUCCGAGGGGUUAAAGGAUCGUUCUUUGGUUGGAAAGAAUGAGGGGUUUGCAUGGGCAAUGAUGGGCGUGGGGUACGACUCCCCAAUUGGCAGGGACCAAACGUAAUUGAUACUCACAUCAUUCUUCUUAGUCGAAAAAUGCUUUGGAUUAGAAGCUCUUCUGUAAGCGAAAAGCUCAGGUCAGACAGCUAUUGGUUGACGAUCCUGGAAAUUCAGAAUAUGCCGAUAUGCAGAAGGAACUUGAAGAGGUUAUUGCUUUAACUGAAGAGCUGCUCGCAACUGCAAGGCAAAAUGAGAUUUCUGGAUCAGACAUUGCGAGAAGUGCCAGCGAAUCCCUUAGUUUUUCCGAGGCAAAGGGUUCCUCAGAAAAGAAAAUGCAACCUGUUUCUGAUUAUCAUCAACUCCUUCCUAUUGGAUCUAAAGUUCAAGCAGUUUAUAGUGACGAUGGUGAAUGGUAUGAUGCAACAAUUGAGGCUCACACCGCUAAUGGAUAUUAUGUCUGCUAUGAUGGGUGGGGAAAUAAGGAGGAGGUGGACCCCGACAAUGUGAGGCCAAUCAAAGAAGGUGAGGUCAACGCUAUAUUGGAAGCCGAGCGGGUUGCUGAAGCUACGAAGCAAGAUAUCAAAAGGAAGAUUGCGCAGGCUGCUAAUGUCGAUUUCCAGUCAAGAACAUUACCGGCAAAGCUCCGAAUAGAGCCAGAUGACCCUGAAGAUGUGAAAGCAGCAAAGCGCAAAAAGAUACAUUCUUUCAAGUCAAAAAUGCGAAUGGAACAACUUGAAGUUGCACAGAAUAAGCGGCAAAAUGAUUGGCAGCAGUUCCAAUCAACCAAAGGCAGGGCUAAAAAGAUUGGGUUCCUCACUGGGAGGAAACGUGAGAGCAUCUUCAAGUCUCCGGAUGAUCCGCAUGGUAAGGUUGGUGUCACCGGAAGUGGAAAAGGAUUGACAGAGUUUCAGAAGAGGGAAAAGCACUUGCAUCUCAAGGGAGCCAAUGUUGAGGCCAGUGAUGAGUAAAUUUGUUCGAGUCUAUGGCCUUUUGUUAACCAGUAGUCAAUGGCAAUGCUCCUUGAUCGCACGUAUGCUUCAUGUAUGCAUCAGGUCGCUUUUGCAUUUUUAGAAUGAGUGCCCACCUCAUUUCUUCGGUUAUCAGUGCAUUCUACCUGCUGUAAAGAAACCACCAACGUAUGGGAAGCUAUGGUGCAAACUUGUAGGA